AUGUCACUCGCUUCUGCCUCACCGAGGAGAGCCUCACUCGACUCGGACGUAAUUCAUAUAGCGACCUCGCCGCUACCCUCCUCGCCUCGCCCGCAAACCGCACGCAGCCGCCACCGCCAUCAGGCCCUGCAACCGCCCGCCACCACCGCUGGCGCUUUGCCACCUGCCCGGUCCUCGUCGCCGCGACACCACGCCCACGUAUCCUCGGCUGCCCUCAACAACACCACCAACAACAACGCGAGCCCGCCACGUCAUAUCAGUAACUAUUUCUCUCCGUCGCCGUCGCCGUCUCGCCGCCUCCGCCACUCGCUCUCAUCACAACACCGCCCGUUGCGUUCUGCCGCCAGCUCUGUGACGGGCAACAAUCGUUUACGAGCGCAGCCUGCGGCUGCCGCGUCCUCCUACGACCAACAUCUCAUCGAUGAGUUUCUACGCAACGAAUUUUAUUCAACAACCUCGCCAUUUGCAUCCUUCACGAACCCACCACCACCCUCUGAUGACGACAUUUACCGAGGCAACAGUUAUACCGACCUGCAUUCCCGAAUCACCACCACCACCACCAUCACCACCCAGAACAGUGACUGCAUGGGCCGUGCAAACGACGCCGCGGCCGACGUGCCUGAUUCUCCCUCUCAGCAGCUCCAAGCAGGCCCCUCGGCCAACACCACGCAAAAUACCGACUUCUCCCUCAACGACGAGUCUCAAUACUCGCCACUUUUCCCAGACCUACCGGACGAUCAAGGCGUUACCGAAACGGCAGCGACCUCCUUCUCCGAAACCAUGCCGGCAGCGACGACGACGCUGCGACGCGGACACUCGGACAUUGUGCGGACGCCCAAGAGGCAGCGCGGGAAUCUCCCAGCAGAGCGUCUUGUGCCACCACAAGAGCGCCCAAAACCACUUGGGCCCGACGAAGAUUUGUUCGGCGAUGUGCCGCCAGCGCCGACUGCUGUGGCCGAGGACGACGACUUUGACGAAGAAAACCUUACCACGAUUGACCUGACGGAAGCCACCGGGGUGCUUCCGGAGCUCAGGGAGCCCAUCGUCGACAACCGUAUCAAAAUCGCCGCGUUUCAGUGUGCUAUUUGUAUGGACGACGUCGCCGGUCUGACAGUUACAUAUUGCGGACACCUCUUCUGUGCAGUAUGUCUACACCAAUCCCUAACAAACGUUGAGUCUCUCAAGGGUAGGUGCCCUAUGUGCCGCUCCAAGAUCGACACCAAGCUUCGCGGAUCCUACACCAACAAGACCAAGGGUUUCUGGCCACUCGAGCUCAAGCUCAUGACAAAGACGAGAAGAGGAAAGCGAAAAGCCGAAGACAUUACAAAGUAG